AUGACAUCAUAUGUUCUGUCCUAGAAUUUCAAAGAUUAGGAAUUAGCUCUUGAUUUCUGUGCCUUCUUGCUAAGAUAUCACAAAGAUAUUGACUACUCCGACUUCUCAGACGAUUAAUUUGUGGUUAACAAGAUUAGAAGGGCCGAAAUAUACAGAAGUUGGGCGGAUAUAGAGGAUCUGGCUAACGGUUACGAGACCAUAAACUCAAAUUUUGAAAAGCAUAGAACUGUCACUUCAAAUGCCUUCUAGGAGAUAGUUAAAUUGGUAGAGAAGGUCAAAGCAGAGUGUAUCCAAGUUGCUACUUCUGGUGUUCCUAUAGGAGCAGCCUCUUCCUAAAGUGAAGGGGAGUUUAGAAGAGACAUCGCUAAUCUUAAAAACUAGGUUGCUACAGUUUAGAAUCAGUUGACAUAGAAUUAGAAUGAUAAUACAAGAUUCCUCAACUUUCAGACUGGUAUUUAAAACGAUCUUAAUCGCAUUAAUGAGCAGCAGAUUUAAUUUGAUAACAAUCUGAAACUCUUAGCUGAAGGCACUCUGAGUUUGAGUGAAAAAGAGAAACAGUUUGCACUUAAGGUUGAGAUUAUGAGGAAAGACUUGUAAAAUAUGGCUAACUCAAUUGAGACGAGACUUGACACAAAACUUUCACAUGUUGAAUCUGGCCAGAAGGUUAAUGCUUCUACUAUUGAAAACUAAGUUGAAAGUGGAUUUAAGAGAUUUAAUGACUAGUUGGUAAUUCUGGAGAAGAGAAUGAACACGAUAAUGGACGAGAAAGUGUUCGAAUCAAAGAGGCAAAAUACUGAUCAGUUCCAGAAGAGUCUUGAUACACUCAAAUAUGACUAUGAGAGCUUGAUCAAUAGAUUGGGGUCCCAGAUUUAGGAGCUAGUUACUAGGGUGAAGACCGAAACUGAAGAUAUGAUGAAAACAUCUAAAAUCGGCAUGCAAGAAGAUGCCUUGAAAUUCAAGGAAGAAGUAAGGCAAAGGUUAGAUGACAGUGAGCUCAGGACUCAUAAAGAAUUCUCUAAACUCUUAGAUGAUACUACUUAGGCCAUAGAGGAUUCAAUAAACACGAAUUUAAUAGGCCAGAUGAAAGAACUAGAUAUCGGCUUAAAAGAUGUCACAAACCGAGCUAAUAAUCUUGAUCAGGCCGUGCAUUUGUAGACUGAAAAGGUAUAGAAAAUGGAAGAUUCACUAAACGACCAUAUUGAUUUAAUAGAGUCAUUAAACAGAAAGCUAGAUAAAUAAGCUCAAACCAUAGAGGACAACAAGGGUAUGAUCAUAGAAAAACUGGGCAUAUUUGAAGCUGGUGUCAUUAAUGAGUUGAAGGAAGCUACUUCUCACUUUAGUUUCAAAGCUUACGAAGAAAGUUUCAGAAAGAUUGAAACAGAUAUGGACACCUUCUAUAAAGAGCUUCUGAAAAUGAGAGAAGAUUUUGAUGUCAAGAAUAAAGAUUUGCUUGAUUGGAAGCAGAAGUUAGGCUAAGAUUUACUUGGAUUUUACAAGAAAUAUGAUGGCCAGUUUGCUGAAGGCACUCAUCUUGGUAAGAUGGAGAGAGAUUCUUUAAGUGUUACUAUCAACGAGAUCACUGAUAAUCUUGCUAAAAAUCGAUAGUCCAUUCAAUUGCUAGCAAAGGAGAUAGCAGCGAUAUAAGCUGGAGUACAAUAAGUCAAAGACGCCUAAGAGGAUACCUAUUAGGAGCAGAGCAAGACUAAUGCAUCUUACAAUAAGCAACUGCAAGAUAUUUAUGUGUAAAUGCGUAAGCUCUCAGCAGAUGUCUUUGAUCAAAUUAAAAACAUGAAGGGAACAGGCGAUAUAACUUAUGCCUUGGAACGAGAAAGAGAAAAUAUAAGAUAGUAAAUUUAAAAAGCAAAAGAAGAAAUGGAGGAUAAACUUUAAGAUGUUCUUGGUCAAAUUAGAGCUUAACUGGCAAAUGAGCAAAAUAACAUGAAGAAUUUCCAGACAGCCACAAAUGAUGCUCUUAACAAGUUGAAGCAAUAACUUGAGUAAAAGCUAUUGAACGGUGUGGGUUCAGGAGCGAUGGAAUAAAAAUUGAAUACGCUUCAGCAGGAUCUUAAGAAUUUAACACAAGUCGUGUAGAAAUUCAUAGAUGAACAUCUGGUGGACAAAGUGACUUUAAUUAGAAGCAAAAACAAAAGCUUUGAGAGUAAAAUAGAUGCACUAGAAUGGCUCUCAAGAUAUGCUAAUUUCUACUCACCUGAAAAUGUUUAUGUACUGCUCACUACCUUCAAGGAUAUUUACACUGGCCAGGAUGUUGCCUAUAGAAAUGCCUACAUUCAGAACUAGCAUGGAUCUGAUGCUGUGUUUAUCAUCAUCUCAAAUAUCAAGAAUGAGAUGGCUAAAAUGAGUGGACAAGUCAGCUAAUCAUAGUCAUUCAGUAAAAAUCUGACUGGCACGCAAGCAAUUGUUAUGCAGUCAAAUGAGACUAAGAUAGCAUUCCUUUUGAAUAUUUUAGAGCCUCUUAUAGUUAAUGACAUGAAUAACGAGUUUGCAGUUUAGAACGGAGUUCUGGAGAUGCUUGUACAACUUUUAAAGACAUAGGACACAAAACAAUCGAUUCAUUAAAGUUCAUAACUUAGACCCUACAUCAAAUUUGCACUCAGAUGCUUAACCUCUGCGAUAAGAACCGAGCCUGCAGUAAAUAGAUUUUACCAAAUAGAGGGCGGUGUUUCAAAGGUAUUGGAGAUUCUGGAGUAUGUCGAUGAUUAGGAGUUGAUUGCCAAUUCUUGUAAAAUUGUGAGAAUAUGCCUAAGAGAUGAUAUUGUUUAUGAUAAGAUGGCACUUUAGUACCCAGGAAUUGCUAAUCUUAUUGUUGAGAAAAUGCUGAAAUGGGGUAACAGUCUCCCAAUCAUCUAAGAGUCAUCAAGUGCAAUCAGGAAUUAUGUGCGUAAGUAUGAAUACGCCAGAGGCAUGAGACCUGAAUGUGUAGAUGUGCUAGUUGAUUUAGCCAGAGACGGAAGAUAUGACAAGAUAAAGCCUGUGAUUGGCUAAGCUCUUAAGAUGAUGUCCAAAUUGCCUGAAUUUGAACAGAGAAUUAGGUCUAAAGGAGCUCAAGACUUAAUAUAAUGA